CUGGCAGUGUCCCGGGCUCCGUCGGCGAGAGCAGCUGCCGCUGACGCCACGGAGCCAACCCAAGUUCGUUAAGAGAAGUUCCGCCCAUUGGAGCCAUGGAGGUGGAGUCUGCCGAGGCCCGGCCCUCUGCCCCCGCCCCCGGCUACAAGCGCUCCGGUCGCCGCUACAAGUGCCUGUCCUGUACUAAGACAUUUCCAAAUGCGCCUAGGGCAGCGCGUCACGCUGCCACACAUGGGCCUGUAGACUGCGCAGAGGAGGUGGCGGAAGGGAAGCUGAAGCCGGAGACAGAACCCAAAGCAGAGGAUGCUGGCGGGGACAAGGUGUCAGGUGCAUCGGCUAAGCCUCGGCCUUAUGCAUGCCCGCUGUGCCCCAAGGCCUACAAGACGGCACCCGAGCUGCGCAGUCACGGCCGCAGCCACACUGGCGAAAAGCCCUUCCCUUGCCCCGAGUGUGGCCGCCGCUUCAUGCAGCCUGUGUGCCUGCGCGUGCACCUGGCCUCGCACGCUGGCGAGCUGCCCUUCCGCUGCGCUCAUUGCCCCAAGGCCUACGGCGCGCUCUCCAAGCUCAAGAUUCACCAGCGUGGUCACACAGGCGAGCGGCCCUACGCUUGCGCCGACUGCGGCAAGAGCUUCGCCGACCCUUCGGUGUUCCGCAAACACCGGCGCACGCACGCGGGCCUGCGGCCGUACGGCUGCGAGCGCUGCGGCAAGGCCUACGCGGAGCUCAAGGACCUGCGCAACCACGAGCGGUCCCACACCGGUGAGCGCCCCUUCCUCUGCUCAGAGUGCGGCAAGAGCUUCUCCCGCUCAUCCUCGCUCACGUGCCACCAGCGCAUCCAUGCGGCUCAGAAGCCCUAUCGCUGUCCAGCCUGUGGCAAGGGCUUCACGCAGCUGAGCUCCUACCAGAGCCAUGAGCGCACCCACUCCGGCGAGAAGCCCUUCCUGUGCCCACGUUGCGGCCGCAUGUUCUCCGACCCCUCGAGCUUCCGGCGCCACCAGCGGGCGCACGAGGGCGUGAAGCCUUAUCGCUGUGAGAAGUGCGGCAAAGACUUUCGGCAGCCGGCAGACCUGGCCAUGCACCGGCGGGUGCACACGGGUGACCGGCCGUUCAAGUGCCUGCAGUGUGACAAGACGUUUGUGGCGUCUUGGGACCUCAAGCGCCAUGCGUUGGUGCACUCGGGCCAGCGGCCCUUCCGCUGUGAGGAGUGUGGGCGAGCCUUCGCCGAGCGAGCCAGUCUCACUAAGCACAGCCGGGUGCACUCGGGCGAGCGCCCCUUCCACUGUAACGCCUGCGGGAAGUCCUUCGUGGUAUCAUCAAGCCUGAGGAAGCAUGAGCGGACCCAUCGAAGUAGCGAGGCCGCAGGGGCGCCCCCACAGCAGGAGCUGGUAGUGGGGCUGGCACUGCCAGUCAGCGUGGCAGGCGAGGGCUCCACGGCCCCGGCAGCAGGUUCAGGGCUAGGGGACCCCCCAGCAGGGCUGCUGGGGCUGCCCCCGGAAUCAGGUGGUGUGAUGGCCACCCAGUGGCAAGUGGUGGGCAUGACGGUGGAACAUGUGGAGUGCCAAGAUGCUGGGGUUGGGGAGGCUCCUGGUCCCUUGGGGGGAGCAGGCGAGGUGGGGGGCGAGGAGGUUGAUGAGAAGCCACCGCAGUUUGUGUGCCGGGAGUGCAAGGAGACGUUCUCCACGCUGACGUUGCUGCGACGGCAUGAGCGCUCGCACCCAGAGCUCCGGCCCUUUCCCUGCACCCAGUGCGGCAAGAGCUUCUCUGACCGGGCAGGGCUGCGCAAACACAGCCGCACCCACAGCUCUGUGCGCCCCUACACCUGCCCCCACUGCCCCAAGGCCUUCUUGAGUGCCAGUGACCUGCGCAAGCACGAGCGCACCCACCCUGUGCCCAUCGGGACCCCCACGCCCCUCGAGCCCCUUGUGGCUUUGCUAGGAAUGCCUGAAGAGGGGCCUGCGUGAGGCCCAUCGCCCCCUCCACUUCACUCCCAAGA